CCGACACGGCCAGGGCGGAGUUCUGGAGGCGCUGCCGGUAGUCGGGCGCCUUGCUGCUGUCCGAAUGGAGCGCGAUGUCGCGGAGGCACUGGAGUUCUUUUGAAUACCCUGACCUGGAGUUACACACUGACUUUGGUUCUUUGCGGAAAUGGGAUCCGCUCUCAGGGCCUCAUGCACGGCUGCUUUUCGAUAUGCCAAGGGCGCGGCCUGGAAGACUAGAGCACCUUUGGUGUGCCGGAUUUUCGUGGCUCUGGAGGCAGACGGAUUCCAGACAGACGGAUUACAGCGUUAGAUGUUCCAUUCGCAAUGGGCGAGAUAAAAAUCUCCCCUGAUUAUAAUUGGUUCCGGAGUACAGUUCCACUGAAAAAAAUAAUAGUGGAUGAUGAUGACAGUAAAGUGUGGUCCCUUUAUGAUGCUGGACCCAGAAACAUAAGGUGCCCAAUUAUAUUUCUUCCCCCGGUCAGUGGAACGGCAGAUGUGUUUUUCCAACAGAUUUUAGCACUAACUGGAUGGGGUUAUAGAGUUAUCUCUUUACAGUAUCCCGUUUAUUGGGACCUCCUUGAAUUUUGCGAUGGAUUCAGGAAACUUUUAGAUCACCUGCAGCUGGAUAAGGUUCACAUUUUUGGUGCUUCCUUGGGAGGAUUUUUGGCACAGAAGUUUGCAGAAUAUGCACACAAAUCACCCAGAGUUCAUUCCCUUAUCUUGUGUAAUUCAUUCAGUGACACAUCUAUCUUCAAUCAGUCUUGGACUGCCAAUAGUUUUUGGCUGAUGCCUGGAUUUAUGCUGAAAAAGAUCGUUCUUGGAAACUUUACAUCUGGUCCUGUGGAUUCAAAAAUGGCAGAUGCAAUAGAUUUCAUGGUUGAUCGGUUGGAAAGUUUAGGACAGGGUGAGUUGGCCUCUCGUCUCACUCUUAAUUGCCAGAAUUCCUACGUAGAACCUCACAAGAUUAAAGAUGUUCCUGUUACAAUAAUGGAUGUCUUUGACCAUAGUGCACUUUCUCAAGAAGCCAAAGACGACAUGUACAAAUUAUAUCCAAAUGCAAGGCGGGCACAUCUUAAAACUGGUGGUAACUUUCCUUACUUGUGUCGGAGUGCUGAAGUUAACCUUUAUAUUCAGAUCCAUCUUCGGCAGUUCCAUGGUACACGUUAUGCUGCAAUUGACCCUGCCAUGGUGAGUGCUGAGGAACUUGAGGUACAUAGAGCCAGAGUUGAUAAUAUGAACGAAGAAGAAUUGUAACAGCUGCCCUUGAAGAAAAGUACAUAAAGGCAUUCUGCUGCAAACUGAUUUUUUUAUAUACUGGAUACAAGAAGUCAGGGGUGCCUUUUUAGAGAGUUUUUCUUUAUAACACAGAUGUUGAGAGAUGUCAGUUUAUUUUUAUUUAUUACUUAAUGAAUUUAAACCCCAAAACAUAUGUCCUUAUCAGUUGUGGUUUGUUGGACAAUCUUCAACCCAAUAAGUGAUGUACACGCCAAGCCACGUAUAAGAGUGCAAGUAUCCUUUGUGUAGCCUAAAUCAAUUUUUUUUUCAGCUUUUCUUUGAAAUAGCAUUGGAUCGGUUCAGUGUUUCAUAUACUACUUGUCUGUGGUCUACAUACAUGCUAGUUCUUGAUACUAGGCUUGUAUUUUACUAAAGUAUGUGAAAUUGUUAUAUAGGGCCUUUUUUUGUACUUGAUUUGAUAUCUAAAAUGAAAUAUUUUAAAUCAUUUAUUUAAAGGUUGCCACAAUUUGUUUUGAAGUUAUUGCAAAACAAUUAAAUAUGCACAUUACUUUGAGUGCUUACUAAUUUUUGAUUUGCUACUGAUUCUGUUUACAGUUUCAAACAUAAAGCUAGGAUUUGAAAGCUUAAGUGUGUAACUUUUUAAUUAUAAGACUUUACAACAUAGACGAUUACUUUAUAAAUAAUCUUAUUUCGCUCUAAUUACUUUUACUGGGAGAAAACAAUUCAGUAAAGGUAGGAUGCUUUUUCAGAAUAUGUCAUAAUGCCAUCAUGUGUUUGCUGCAUUCUGUAAACUUCAAACACAAAAAGAUAAUGUAUAAAUAGACAAUCUUUUAAGAUUGUCAUUCAUUACUGAGCUCUCUCAAUGGUGACUUUGCAUUAAUAUAUUGUGAUAGUUAACGAAUUGCUUUUGUUUUGAUAAAUGUUCAGAGCCAAAUAUAAUUUGUUACCUGAUUAUUUCCCUCUCCACUGUUCCACUUAAGUCCAACUUCAUAAUUCCUUUUUAAGUUAAAUGAUCUUAAUGAAGCUGUACUGUUUUCUAUCCAUCAAUAAGUUCUCCAUUGCCAGCAUCCUCUUUCCUGCAUUGCUGGAUUUGGUGCUGAGUGAUAAACUAGGAUUUGUUAUUAAUCUUACAGUAAAGAUGCAGUGUCUUCAAUAUAACUGUUUAACUGAAUCCCUCACUCUGUUAAAUAGAUCUUUACUGCAUCUUUUCUCAGCCCUUCACAAUCUUGCUAAAGUACAUGACAAAAAUUAUUUGCAACAACACAAUGGUUUAACCUGUAUUUUAUUGAGGACAUAGUACAGCACAAGAACAGGCCCUUAGGCCCAAAAUAUCUGCGCUGCCCCUGAUGCCAAAAUAAACUAAAUCAAUGUACCUGCCAUGGUUGAUAUUCCUCCCAGUUACUGAAAUUGAGGUGACUGUCUAAAUACCUCUUAAGCACUGUUGUGUCUGCAUCCACCACCAUCCUUGUCAGAGUGUUCCAGGAACCAAGGUUAAUCCUUUUAUAUCAUGGGCAUCAAGCUUGCUAAUGGAGACUGAUGAAUCUUUUACCUUGUACUCCCUAUGAAUGUUUUGUUAAACAGACUGGUAUGCUGUUAUUUCUGUGGUGGCAGAUGCAGUGCCAGGGAAACCAGGUGAUUCAAACAUCAGACUGAAUUUAUGACCCAACAGACAGAUCAAAAUUAUUUUUAUAACUUUUCCAUCAGUUUCUGAAAAUCAUUGUUAUCAACAUUGGUACCAUUCCUUUUAUCAACAUUCUCUCUAGCAGUCUGAGACAUUUGGAAUUCAGUCAAGUCUUUGUUCACAUUGUAGCUACCAUGGUAGCCAAAAUGAGGUAGUUUAAAUGAUAAUCAAGUAAACUGAACUUUGAAGCCAAAGUAAGUGUUAAUAUUCUGGAUUGCUUGCUCUGUAGCCUGGCUCUGUGAUGGUUGGAACUUUUGAUCAAGUAUUAACUUGUAAAGAUAGGCUUUGUUGUAAAUUAUGACUGUAAUUUUAUGAAAUGACGAUGAGAAAUGAGAUUUACUACUAUGCUGAAUAGAUUAAUUCCAAGGAAAUAAUAUUGAAGUGUUUAUAUUCCAGAUUUUCAUCUUAAUGUAUUAAGGGAUUAAUAGGAAUUUUUUUUGUCUUCUAGUUUCCUGAGGAAACUCUUUAAUUUGUACAUUUAGAACUACUUUCAGCAAUUUGCAGUUUAUUGUACAUCAGGAAUAUGUGCAAUAAAAUUAGAAACCUCUGCUUUGUUUUUAUUCUGUAAACUCAAGCCAGAAAGAGCAGUAACAGUGCUCUCUUAAUAUAAAUCCAACAGUAUUCUGAAUAAAAUACAUUAUUUGUUUUAGCUUUCCAAAUAUAGUCUUGAUUUUUUUUGACUGAUCACAAAAGAUCAGUCCACAAAAGGACUGAUCAACAAAAGGAAGGGAAAGGUGGGAUUGCCAUCUUUUUGCUUUAACCUAUGAAAUUCUUACAAUCUAAGAUCCCAGCAAACAUAGCUGACCCACCCUCAGUGCUGUUUACUUUGCCCUACUUUCUACAUGGAUUAAAGACCGUCUUUGUAAUACAAUUCUGUGAGGAAGCCAUGGCUUCAGACGAUCUCCUGGGAGAAAGUGUGUCUGUAUUUGAUGUUCAUAUAUUGUACUUCCUACAAAACAAUUAAAUGAAACAAAGAAUUAUAUAUUAACUGCACUAGCACUUGAAGGCUUUUGUAUUAAACCAAUUUUAAACAUCUGAAUUCUUGCACUCUGGUAAACAGUACAUUUGUGUUCAUAAUGUUUUUUACAUGUAUAAACUAAAUGGGACAUUUUGAAAGGGGUGCAGGAAAGACCUGAGAGGCUUAGUUAACACUAAUGCAUCUGAUUAAAAAACAAUUGGUGCUUGAAAUAAAGAUGGAAAUUUAGGUGCAAAAUCAAGACAACAGUAAAAAUAUGAACUGGAUGAAUUUUAUGCUUGUACAUUCCAGAGUUGUUUUUGCUUACUGUCUUUCUAAUUUACUAAAUACCAUAUACUGCUUUCUGUACUCUGGAUCUUACAA